ACGAUUCAAGAACUCAACGAUGUUUUUUGGAAUAUGAGAGAGAGAGAGAGAGCACUUGGCCAAGAUUAAUCUUAGGAAGAGAAAGAGAUGAAGACUUUUAACUACACAAAAUCAGUGUGAGCCAUAAAAUAUCGGCAGAUAAGCUUAUUUUGGUCACUGUAAAGGUGGGGACCAAUAUUUUAAUGAAGAAGCAAACCGAGUAGAAAGAAGAGUAGCAUUGCCAUCGACGAGGGUAGUUUUGUAAUUAUGUUAGAAGGUCAAGGGUAGUAAGUUGGCGGCGGGAAUUAUAAAGUUUGAUGGAGAAUUUAUCAAAUAUCAAAAUAUUAUUAUUGGUGGAAGACAAAGAAAGCAAGAAAGAAAAGAAAGAAAAGAAAGGAAGAGUAGGAAAGAACGCCACGGUUAAAGGAGGAAGCUCUGUUAGCUAAGGAAGAUCAAUCUUUGAGCACACUGAUUGAUUGAUUGCCUCUCCUCAAGCUUACCCCAACACUUCUCUUUCUAUCACCAACCUAAGCUAAGAUUGCCCUUGCCGUUGCAUAAUUGUCUUGAUUGGAAGUACCAAGUAUCUACCAUAGCUGAAGAAACCCCCUAGAGACGUGUUGAUGACUGAGUUUUAUACGAGAAUGGUUGUUACUUGUGGAUCGGAGUAAUUUACCCUUCUUGAGAAAACACUGAAAAGGGCUGCUAGCAAAAGUAUUAAUUCUGGACUAUUCAUUUCUUAUUCUUAGAUGCAAACUUCUCAAAAACACCAGCGCGUAAGCGUUAUCCAUGGGUUGUACCACAAACCUGUGCAAGAGAUUGAUUCCUAUUGUAUGCCUCAUUUCCAAAUUUUAGAUACUAAUAUGUUCUCCGAAGUUGGUAGCCAAGGAAAAAGUGUUUCCUUUGAGACUUGCAACGAGAAAUUCUUUACCCUUGACUCAUCCCCAGCAACAACCGAGUUUCUCAACUGUGAUUCUCCUUCUGCUGUGAGUGUCUUGUCAAAUAGGAGUCCAUUUUCGCCACAAGGCUCCCACACAUGCUCAUCUGAUCCACAUCAUUCCCCUGACAUCCACUCUGGAUCAUCAUUUAGUGGCUGCUCUGGGGUUGAUGAUAGUAGUGAUUUGAAGCACAGACUCAGGGAGAUAGAAAAAAUGCUGGGAGUUGAAUCUGAAAUUGUUGACAGCCAUUUUUGCAGCUUCAAGGCUGAGUCCCGCCAAGCUCCUUCCAUGGCCACUUGGAAGAUGAUGGAGAAUAAUAAGAUGGACUUACCGCGCGUUUUGAUUGAAUGUGCAUGUGCGGUCUCCGAAUCUGAAACAACAAGAGCAAUGGAACUAAUGGAGGUCUUGGGAAAUAUGGUUUCAGUCUCUGGGGAGCCAAUUCAAAGACUGGGAGCAUACAUGUUGGAAGGAUUAAGAGCAAGGUUGGAAAGAUCAGGGAGUGCAAUCUACAAAUCCCUCAAAUGCAAUGAACCAACGAGCUCAGAGUUACUCUCAUACAUGUCGAUCCUCUAUCAGAUAGUCCCGUUUUGGAGGUUUGCUUAUAUAUCUGCAAAUGUUGUCAUUCGGGAAGCUAUCCAAUAUGAACCGAGAAUCCACAUAAUUGAUUUCCAAAUUGCUCAGGGAAGUCAAUGGAUGGCCUUGUUUGAGGAUCUUGCUCGAAGGCCUGGUGGUCCCCCAUUUGUCAGAAUUACGGGUGUUGAUGAUUCUCAAUCCGCCUUUGCUCGUGGAGGGGGUCUGUCCUUAGUUGAGAAGAGGCUGUUGAAACAAGCCCAGUCACUCAAUGUGCCAUUUGAGUUUCAUGGUGCAGCCAUGUGUGGCAGUGAGGUAAAGUUGGAGACUCUGAGAAUUCGACCGGGUGAAGCAAUAGUCGUUAAUUGUCCAUAUGUCUUGCAUCACAUGGCAGAUGAAAGUGUGAGCACUGAAAAUCACAGGGACCGGUUACUGAGGCUAAUCAAGAGCUUGUCACCCAAGGUAAUGACCCUUGUUGAGCAGGAAUCAAACACUAACACUUCUCCAUUCCUUGGAAGGUUCAGGGAGACUCUUGAUUAUUACACAGCCAUGUUUGAAUCAAUUGAUGUAGCUCGUCCCAGGGACGAUAAGCAGCGGAUCAGUGCUGAACAACAUUGUGUGGCUCGGGACAUAGUCAACAUGGUUGCUUGUGAAGGACAGCAAAGGGUUGAAAGGCACGAACUUUUCACUAAAUGGUGGUCAAGAUUGACAAUGGCCGGUUUAUCACCAUACCCUUUGAGCUCUUCUGUCACAUAUGCUGUGAAGGACCUGUUGAGGGAAUUUAACCCGAAUUUUAGAACAGAGCAGCGCCACGGGGCUCUUUAUCUUGGCUGGAAGAACAGAGCUAUGGCCACCUGUUCUGCAUGGAGAUGAAGAGGGUUGAAUAGAAAGAUGCAGAUUGUAAAUCUUUUUUUUUUUUUUUUUUUGGGUUUUUAGUACUCAUGUCGAUUAGUUUUUUUAGAGGACUAGAGAUGGUGGUGCGUAUAGUUUUUGUAGAAACAAAAAGAUUAAGUUCUUUUCCACUACUAUAAGAGAACUAUGAAUCUUGUGUAAAGGUCUUGGAGUUGGGGGUGAGAAACAGUUGUCCUUAGUAAUGCGAAAUAGAAGAACUUCGUUUGUAUUGCCUGAAAAAAAAAACAAAAGUUCUAAACAAAAAACCCUUCACUAUGAAUGAUACCAAGGAAUUGUUAUGUUUAUACUUUAUAAUUUAUAUAAUCAUUAAACCUUUUCUUUCCA